AUGUUGAAAAUCCGUCAACUACAAAAAAAGAAGCAGGAAGAAGCAGCAGCAGCAGAAUCUGCUUCAAAUACCACGCUGGCUGAAUCAGCCAAUUUGAAUACAUCGGCGAACCUUUCGUCAUCGAGAGUAAGUGCUGCCCAACUAAGACUCCAAAAGGAUAUAACAGAAAUAGACUUGCCUAGAAGUAUUAAAUUGACAUUUCCAGACCCAUCAGACUUGUUCAAUUUCAAACUUUCCAUAACUCCUCAAGAAGGCUAUUACAAAGGGGGGACUUUUGAGUUUAAGACGGAAAUAAACAACAACUUCCCCAUAGAACCCCCUAAGAUUAAAUGCCUAAACAAAAUCUAUCAUCCAAACAUAGAUUUGGAUGGAAAUAUAUGUUUGAAUAUUUUGAGAGAGGAUUGGUCUCCGGUACUAAAUUUGAAUUCGAUAUUGAUCGGAUUAAAUUUUCUAUUUCUAGAACCGAAUCCAAAUGAUCCGUUAAACAAAGACGCAGCCAAUGUAUUGGUGAAAAAUAAGUCGGUUUUUACCUCAAAUGUAAAAUCGUCAAUGAGAGGUGGUUAUAUCGACAAUGAACACUAUGAUAGAGUUGUAUAG